AUGGCGCAGCAAGGAAUUAACUUCAACUGGGAGAAACUCAGCUGUUCGAUCUGUUUGGAUCUACUGAAAGAACCGGUGACGAUUUCCUGUGGACACAGCUAUUGUAUGAACUGUAUUAACCUCCACUGGGAUGGAGAGGAUUGGAAGAAUACCUACAGCUGUCCUCAGUGCAGACAGAUCUUUACACCAAGGCCUGACCUGAAGAAGAACACAAUGUUGGCUGAGUUGGUGGAGGAAGUGAAGAAGACGGGACUUCAGUCUGCUCCAGCUGAUCUCUGCUAUGCUGGACCUGGAGAUGUGUCCUGUGAUUUCUGCACUAGUAAGAAACUGAAAGCUGUCAAGUCCUGUCUGCAGUGUCUGGUCUCUUACUGUGAGCAACACCUCCAGCCUCACUAUCAAUCUCCUGCAUUUGAAAAACACAAUCUGGUUGAUCCGUCCAAGAAGCUUCAGCAGGACCUCUGCUCUCAUCACAAUGAGGUGAUGAAGAUUUUCUGUCGCACUGAUCAGAAGUGUAUCUGUUACCUGUGCUCCUUUGGUGAACAUAAAGGUCAUGAUACAGUUCCAGCUUCAGCAGAACGAACAGAGAGACAGAAAGAGGUGAAGCCAUGUGCUGAAAAAAUUCGACAGACAAUCCAGGACAGACAGACAGAUGUGAAGGUGCUUCAGCAGGAGGUGGAGGCCAUCAAUCAGUCUGCUGAUACAGCUGUGAAGGACACUGACAAGAUCUUCAAAAAUCUCAUUUGUCUCAUUGAGGAAAAAAGCUCAGUUGUGAAGCAGCAGAUCAGAUCUCAGCAGCAAACUAAAGUAAAUCGGGCCAAAAAUCUUUUGCAAAAACUGCAGGAGGAGAUCACCAAGCUGAGAAGACAAGAUGCUGAACUGGAGCAACUGUCUCAGACAAAGGACGACUGCCGGUUCCUGCACAUGUUCCCCUUGAUUUCAGGGCUCAGUGCAACAAAGUGGCCGUGUCCUAAACCCCGUCACCUGCAGUACUUUGAGGAUGUGACAGCAGCUCUGUCACAACUGUAUGAAAAACUGCAGGGCUUUCUUUGUGAGGAACUGCCAAAACAUUCAAGAACAGUUACUGAAGUGGAUGUUUUACUGCCAAAACCAGAACCCACAACCAGAGAGGAAUUUUUGCAACAUUCAUGUCAAAUCACACUGGAUCCAAACACAGCAAACAUGCACAUGAUAUUAUCAGAAGAGAACAAAAAAGCAACAUACAAACGUAAAAAACAGGCCUAUCCAAGUCACCCUGAGAGAUUCAUGGACAGGUCACAAGUCCUGAGCAGAGAAGCUCUGACUGGACGUCAUUACUGGGAGGUGGAGUGGGACGGGCUGGGUAUUUUUGUUGCAGUCGCCUACAAAGAUAUAAGCAGAACAGGAGAUGAUAGCAAGUUUGGAAACAAUGACAAGUCUUGGGCAUUGCUGUGUUCAGAUGGUGAUUAUGAAUUAACUCAUAAGGGACACGGCAUUUCCAUCUCAGCCCCUCUGUCUUCCAAAGUAGGAGUCUAUCUGGAUUACAGAGCAGGUAUUCUGUCCUUCUACAGCGUCUCUGACUCCAUGACUUUAAUCCACAGAGUCCAGACCACAUUCACUCAGCCUCUCUAUGUUGGACUUAGGGCUUAUUAUUUUUUAAAUGUAGGAUCCUCAGCUGUGCUCUGUUAG